GCAAUAGAAAAAGAUAGGGGGAGGGGGACUACACCCGGGCGCUGCCCUAUUUCCUUGGCUUGUGCCGGCUGUCUGAGCUCAGAUUAUCUCCGGCCGUGACGGAGUCGCUUCACCCCCCUUCCCCAUCACCGGCCACCCGCACCCUAUUCCCCCCGCAAGCUCUAGUGACGGACCGUUAUUUUUUGCCUUGUCACGACCCCCUUUUUAUUGUACCCGCACUGAAGAUGUCCGGCUGGCAGGAUUACGUGGAUAUGCUGAUGGCCGAUGGCAGCUGCCAGGAGGCCGCCAUUGUCGGUUACGUGGACGCCAAAUACGUGUGGGCGACGACUCCGGGGGGCAUCUUUCAUAUAAUAACGCCUGCAGAAAUUGAUGUGCUCAUAGGGAAGGACAGAGAAGGAUUCUUCACUGGAGGCCUAACUGUGGGAGGAAAGAAAUGCUCUGUUAUAAGAGACAGCCUCUAUAUUGACAAUGAUUUCACAAUGGACAUCAGGACAAAGAGUCAAGGAGGUGAACCAACAUACAAUAUUGCUGUAGGAAAAGCCGUAAGAGUCUUGGUGUUUGCAAUGGGCAAGGAAGGCGUCCACGGAGGCGGCUUGAAUAAAAAGACAUUCGCAAUGGCAAAAUACUUGAGAGAUAUGGGAUUCUAGUUCUAGGCUGACUUACAUUCUAUGGGUAAAAAAACAAACAAACAUUAUUGCUACUAAACUUUCCUGUCUCAGCGAGACAUUCCUUUGUCUGGAAACUUUAUUAGCAAUGCUAUGGUGAUGGGGGAUGAAGCUGUGUCUCCUUUGUAUCCCUAUUUAGUGGGGGAACUUUUAUUUUUCUCUUCAUUUGGGUUCAUUGUGUAAUCGAGCAUCAGGUUUGUGUCAUGAUCAAAUGUUGUCCCUUCCCUCUGAGCCUCUACAUUCACCAGCCUCAUUACUGAGCUGCAUCUGGCACCUCAUUUCCUUUCAUUGCCCCUUAGUCAGACUGUAGAUAGAAAGUACAGUUAUUCAUUUGUCCAACACUAAUAAUCCCAGUCUCUCAUCGGCACAUACCCAUUGCCGUGCCCAGUGUAGCUUAUCCAUAGACAAUGUCUGUACAACAAUGAAUGGAUCUCACAACUGACACCUACCCAAUAAGAUGCAGGGACUUUCCUCUGAUUCAUGGAACUUGCUGUUCAUUGGCUCCCUCUGCACGUGCAGCUCUUGAUGCAGAAGGUGAAUAAUGAAUCGAGUCUGCCGCAUUAAAUGCACGGCCGGCUGAGUAGAUAGAAAAUCGCAGGGAGCCGCCGCGGAGAACGUCCCAGGCUAGCUGCUUUAUGAACAAACACACUAAGGGGGGUUAUUUAUCAAGGUCCGGAUUUAUCUCAGUAUUUCUAAUAUCUAACUCCGAGCAAGUCCUUGUUUAUGAAUAAAAAUGCCUGAAAAAAUAGGAUUGGGCAAAACUCCUGAAAACUUCUGAGCUUUCUUCCGAAUUGUUCUGAAUUUACCCGCAAAAACUAUGAUGCCGAAACCCAAAAUCAUUGGAUAUCGGUAACGGACAUCAGCGCAGACACUGGGACCUUCCCCAUUGACUUAUACAGGACCUCAAUCGAACUUUAAUAAAUUUCGGAAAUUUUUUAUUUUUUUUGCUCUGAAAACUACAAAUUAUUCAAGGUUCGGAUAUUUGGAGCUUGGUAAAUAACCCCCUAAGACUGACAGCUACACAGCUCAUUGUAGUCUUCCUUUGCUGAGGCAAAAACACUAAAAAAAACAAACUUGUCCCACCUUACACUAACUCCAGCUUUUCCUUUCCAUCGCUAAUGUCGGACGCCCCUGUAAGUCUCUCCCGUGGACAGCGAUACCGCGAAUCUGUCAUUUUUGUAGGCGUUCAUCCGCUUGUGCAAUAUCACAACUUAAUUUCCCACACUAGAUUUUAUGCCAAACUCUUGUUUUUUUGUUUUUUAAAGCCGUUGAAAGCCAUUAUUUAUGUUUUAAGCAGAAGAAAGAUGCGCCGUCUAUUGAAUCUGUACGAACAGUACGCCCUGCAUCGGAGCACCAGAUUUAUUUGUUUUUUAAAGAAAAAGAAAAAAAAUUGCAGCAAGUUCUAAUGAAGCGAUCACUUGUGCUAAAUAUUCCAGACUGUGGGGGCUGGUGUAUUGAAAUGCAGUGAUACAUAAGUGACUGGAAUGUCUAUCACAUGUAUUACAUUGUCCCUUGUGUUUCAUUCGAUUUCUAAUGCAGAUACGGGAGCAUCCUGCUACUGCCGCCAUUUAAUUCCACAAUGUAAGGAACAGGAAUGGAGAAAUAAAGGGUUAAUUACUGACGCUUAGAGCUGGAGGCAAAUGUAUGUGAUAAGCCAACAUGAUGACACUACAUUACUAAUUACCUGUAGGCCGUAUAAUUAUGGGAGGAGCCACUGUAUGAAAACUAAGCAGCGGUUUAGAAGGGAAACAUUUGCCAUUGUUAGUAAUGCAGAUUCCCAAUAAUAAUAAUAAUGUAUAUUCGUUAUAGGACCAAUUGCAGCAUAGCAUUUCCCAGGCAUACACAAACUCGUCUAUAGCGGGUGUCUGCCAUCUUUUAUUUCGUACAGUCAAACAUCAUUGCUGCCGACAUGCCGCUGGUUCAAGUGAUUGCACUGGCAAUGCGGCUGCUGAAACACUAUUCAUCGCAGUGGAACUUGUUGAACCCUUUGCUGCAAAAAAAUCUGUCAGGUCCAUUUUAUUGUAUUAUUAAAAAUAUGACCGAAGCGCAAUGGCCGUUAACGUGUCCCCGGCGCUCGAUUUUAAUCAAAAGUAAAAACUAACAGGGGCAUCUUUUUAUUAGAAUGGCUGUUGUGCGAUAGCGACAUUUUAUUUCUGUGCCAUAUGACAAACACACAAAACAUGACGGUUUUCUUUUGAAUGGCACUUGUGUAAUGACAUGUAGUAUUUGCUUCUGUUUGGGUCUCGUGUAUUACGUACAAUGUAUUCUUGUUAAUUUGUCCAUUCUUUCCCUGCACUUUUGUUACAUCUGGGAUACAGUCUAACUCAUCUGAUUUAAUAUGCAUUUAAGAAAAUGCCAUAAACUAUUAAAACACCUUGUUUACAGACAGAUGAAAUUAAAUUUAUUCCAACCAAA